AUUAUCUUUCCCAGUUCUUUGAUUUGAACUCCAUCCAUAUAUCGUAGCAGCAAUCAUAUAUACUACCAAAUACGAAAAAUUUGCAAUUAAUUUUUGAUAGGAAGAAGGAUAGUGCCAGCUGUCAUUUCCAAAUAUGGCACGUAGGUUUCUCUCAGACGCAUUCAAGUGAUGAUACAGUACCAAGGCGGCUCGUUCGUUUAACAAGAGUGUUCGUUUCUCCAGCAACUUAGGUCUAUAUAUUGCUUGCUUAGAAGUAACGUUUUUGUAUCAUUCUUGAAUUUUCGGGAAUUCAAGAACCAAAAGAAUCAUGUCUUGGAUCAAGAACCUCGUAAGGAUCUCUCAGACAACUUCUUCUGUCGGAAACUUGUUCAGAAACCACGAAUCCUACAAUCUCUCGUCUCGUUUCUGCACGGCUCUGCAACAUCAGCAUCAACAACAGAGCGAGACGAUUCAAGCAACGGAGGUCGUUAAUGGGUUUGAGAAACAACAACAACAUCGUUACGAAGGUUUGGCUCCGACCAAAGAAGGAGAGAAGCCGAGACUGCUGGUUCUAGGGUCGGGUUGGGCAGGUUGUCGUCUUAUGAAAGGAAUCGAUACGAGCAUUUACGACGUCGUUUGCGUCUCUCCUAGGAACCACAUGGUCUUCACUCCUCUCUUGGCUUCUACUUGCGUGGGUACGCUUGAGUUUAGGUCCGUUGCAGAACCAAUUUCUCGUAUCCAACCGGCUAUUUCACGUGAACCUGGUUCUUAUUACUUCCUCGCUAAUUGCUCAAGACUUGAUUCCCAAAACCAUGAGGUGCAUUGUGAGACAGUAACUGAUGCGUUAAGCACAGUGAAGCCAUGGAAGUUCAAGAUCGCUUAUGACAAACUUGUACUAGCUUGUGGUGCAGAGGCAUCAACAUUUGGGAUUAACGGCGUUUUGGAAAACGCCAUCUUCCUCCGUGAGGUUCACCACGCUCAGGAGAUACGUAGAAAGCUUCUUCUUAACCUCAUGCUCUCUGAAGUUCCAGGCCUUGGUGUGGAGGAGAAGAAGAGGUUGUUGCAUUGCGUUGUGGUUGGAGGUGGUCCCACUGGUGUAGAGUUUAGUGGUGAGUUGAGUGAUUUCAUCAUGAAAGAUGUUCGUCAGAGAUAUGCUCAUGUCAAAGAUGACAUCCGUGUUACUUUAAUCGAGGCAAGGGAUAUACUUUCUUCUUUUGACGAUGGGCUCAGACAAUAUGCAAUCAAGCAGCUAAACAAGUCUGGAGUGAAGCUAGUACGUGGGAUUGUGAAAGAAGUGAAGCCUCAAAGGCUAAUACUUGACGAUGGAACCGAAGUUCCUUACGGUCUCUUAGUCUGGUCAACUGGUGUUGGUCCAUCUUCAUUUGUAAGGUCUCUCGAUCUUCCAAAAGAUCCAGGUGGAAGGAUUGGAAUUGAUGAGUGGAUGCGUGUGCCUUCUGUACAAGACGUGUUUGCAAUUGGUGACUGUAGUGGAUAUCUUGAGAGCACAGGGAAGUCAACACUUCCCGCUCUUGCACAGGUGGCUGAGAGAGAAGGCAAGUACUUGGCGAAUCUACUGAACGUGAUGGGGAAAGCUGGAGGAGGAAGAGCCUGGAGCGCAAAGGACACUGAACUCGGAGAGCCGUUUGUGUACAAGCAUUUGGGAAGUAUGGCUACUAUUGGGAGAUACAAAGCUCUCGUUGAUCUUCGUGAGAGCAAGCAAGGAAAAGGGAUAUCAAUGGGUGGUUUUCUGAGCUUUUUCAUAUGGAGGUCAGCGUAUCUGACUCGAGUCGUCAGCUGGAGAAACCGUUUCUACGUCUUCAUUAACUGGAUCACCACUUUCGUUUUCGGCCGUGACACUAGCCGUCUCUGAUCCAACUCUUCCACAUUCACUCUCUUGUUUACUUUACAAGUCCUCAUACUGUUUACCACCUUAAAUGUUGUUGGUUAUUUGAAAACAAGGAGAUCAUUUAGAUCACUUCAUUAUGUACAGAGACUAAGCAAAUAAAUUAAAACUCAGUUACUGAGUUACUGGUA